CGGUUGAAAGCAGAUUGUACUUGUUGAUUUCUUGCUCAACAAGACGUUUGUAGAGCAAAAUAAAUUGCUAAACUUAUAUUCCAUUAUUCCCAUCUCCAUACAUCGUCAACCUUCAAACUCAUUUACUCCCGUCUUGUUUCUAUUUCACUUUUCACAAGGUGAAAAUAUACACCUUAAUUGUCAAAUUUUGAAUGCAGAUUAACAUGGAAGCCCAAAAGAGUGGACCUGAAACGAAACAAUCUGCUGCUCCAGCAGCAACUUCAUGUCGUAAGAAGAAGAGCGAAGAAGCGGCUUUUCUUGACGAUUUGAAGGACCACAUUGAUGAGUUUAUUCAUGCCUCAAUGGAUGAACACAAGGACUGCUUUAAGAAUACCAUGAAGAAGAUGUUUGGGAUGUCAAAGAAAAUUGCAGAAAAAGAAAAGGGUUCUGAGCAGCAGGAAGUAGAAAGCAUCUUGCCUCUUCAGACAACACUUUCAAACUAGAUCAACUUCAGACUUAUUCAUGGAUUCUGAACAGUUGAAUAAUCAAUCGUUUUAUGAAUAGUUAACAAUAGAGGUAUAAUGGUGUUUGUUGCUCGUCAUAGUUUGCUUGCUAGGUCUUUUGACUUGCACAACAGUACUGGUUCGAUGUACGUGUAUAUUUACCUACGUCAGUAAAUGUAAGGAGGAUGGUAUCUCAAUUUGAAUCAAUUUCAGGAAAAUCGAAACGUUAUGAGUA